CGACUUGUCAGCGAGAGACACCACCAACGACGGGACAUCCGUCCUCAACGCAGUUCCAUCAACAAACACAACUUACCUCCCGCCUUCUCAAAAGCUUGUUUCUAGACAAGACACCUACUACUGUCUGCUAUUAUAUCUUCAUGCGCCGCCCUGAUUGAGACGGCCUGCAACAUCAGUCGUCGCCAGCAUCUUGAAGGGCUUUUUGUCAUCCCGUCAAACCGAUUCACUAUCUCUUUAUUUGAAGCGACCAAGACCCUGUCGCCAAACGCCCCCGGCCCGGUCUAGACGUAGCUUCCGCCAUCUACGCGCCCUCGAAUCUCCCAUCUCUGCCCAACAUCUGCUAGAGGUGCCGACCCGACAACACAAGCCAUCCCGCCUGACGUGAUCUCCUUUUUGCGACACGACCAUUUGCCCUGAACACCACAAGCUCUAUCACAUCCAUCAGACAGCAAGGCAGCGCAGCACAUGAUGAAUGUCCCGGGUCCCGGCCGCCCCAUGCAGCGACGCCCCCCCGCCCCGGGCACCGAACCCGGUGGUGGUGGUGGUGGUGGUGGUGGUGGUGGUGGUGGCCCGCCCCCCAACAUGCCGGCCCGCUCGAUAUCGCCUGCCGUUGGGAUGGGAGGACAUAUGGGUCCCCAAGCUGGCAUGUCGAGGUCUUCAGCUGGCUCAAGUCGCUCAGUUCAAGGUCCCGGCGGCGGUCCCGGCGGCGGUGGGAGCACAAGGCGAAACAAUUCAUCUGGCGGCUCGUCGUCCGUCCCACUAUCGCAAAUCGAAAGGAGCGUCACACAUCUACUUGUGGCCACCAAGCAACUGCUCGAAACCCUGACACAAUGGUCCCGUGGAAAUGCAACCGAUACCCAGGUCUCCGACGUCUACGUACGGCUGGGCUACGAGUUUAAUAUGGCCUGCCGAGCCUUUACUGCCAUCAAUGUCGAUAUUGACGACUUGGGCAACGUGCCCGAGAUGCUGCGCACUAUCCUGGAGGCCACUCUAAGUCAAGAAGCCAGCGCUGAAAGUCUCGAGAAAUACCUGCCAAAGAUACGUGAUAUUAUCAUAAAUCUGCUGCAUGGUUUAAAAAGAAAACAGCAAAAGCUAAGGCAUCGCCAGCAACGGGAUAGAGAGCCGAGUAUCGCAGGAGACGAUGGAGGCUAUGGUCCAAGUCGCGGACCUGGGCCCAGUAGCAGUGGCGUGCCCACCAGAACUACGAGUACUAGUACCAUGGCUAGUGUUAAUUCUGGGCUCACCAACAUGUUGAACGAAGGGCUGGAGAGCAAUGGCUACCGACCGGACUCUCUCAGGGAUGAUUCUCGGAAUUCUGGUCCCACAACGGCAUCACCCACCAGACGUUUUCCCACGCAACGGGACCAAUCUCGCGGCUCUGUCACCUCUGACCAGUCCAGCCUGUCGAGCAACACGAUGCAAAACAUACCCGUUCUGGCGCCUUACCCAGGUGAAGAGACAAUUCCAACGGGCCCACCGGCACCCCCGGAAAUCAGCGUCGACAACUUCCCUCCGCCGCCGCCGCCGCCCAAGGAAUCGGGACAGAGCGCCUUGGCGGCCCUCCAAAAAGGAGGUAAUCUGGAAAGACGAGCUUCCCGCAGAUAUGAUGCAUACCAGAUUUCCAAGUACCUUGGCACUAUGGUCCCACCCCAGACAACGCCGAUACCUGAUAGGAACCGGGGCGAUUUCAGAGAGUCGCUCCGGGCGAUGCAAUCAAGGGGAAACCCCCGCCACAGCCGCAAUAUUUCGAGCCAGUCCCAACGUACCAUUGGCCUCGAUUCCUCUCCCGUUCGAGUUCCCAGCCGGGUUCCUGAAGAGCCUGAAACCGCCGAUUCGUAUACAUUCAGCAAGGCCGACAACUUGAAUGUCCAGGCGCCAGAUGACAAGUAUCCUACUCCAAGCGCUACUCUUAAUGGCCCGCUCGCAGAUCCUAUCCCGAUGGUGGAUGAGGUAGACUCGUCUAAGCCCGCUGCUACGAGGCCUGCUCCUGCGCCUGCCGCUCCUCAGCAUCAACACAAGCCGUCCAUUCGCGCCCCGACGCCCGAUAAACAACCGCCUAGCUCGUUUAUGCUUGAGAACUCGCCCCCCGCAACCAAGGAAUUGACCCUCUUCCUGCAGUACAAGUCCAAGGUCAAGAAGUUCGUGCUCCCUGAGGGCUACGAUAAUCUGUCUAUCGCUCGUCUUCAACUGGCCUUUAUCGAGAAGUUCUCGUGGAACACACAGCAGAAUGGAGCGGAUCUACCGGAAAUUUACAUUCAAGACCCCGUCUCCGGUGUCCGCCAUGAGCUCGAGGAUCUGUCAGAUAUCAAGGACCGUACAGUACUUGUGUUGAAUGUAGAGGCUUUGGACGAAGUCAAGAAGCAUAUUGACAAGAGCAUUGGGUCCCUCAAGACCAUUAUCCAGCAGGUUAAACAAAAUGUCGACGAUCAAAACGCCACCAUUCAACGUGUGUCGGAGCGCCAACAGGAGACCGCCAAGGAUCUCGCUCGCAUUGCCGCCACGCCACCUCCCACUAUCAUCGCACCGAGUGGUAUGGACUCGAUGGCUUCGCCACGUUCUUCGUCUUCCUCUGUCGCGGGUGCUGCUGCCCUUGCCGGUCCCUCGUCCAAGAAGCUCAGCCCAAGCCAGCUUACCGAGAUCCAAUCCCUUCGUCGCGACCUCGCCGUUCUUCGCCAGACCUACUCCAACUUCCAGUCCGAAGUCCAAGGGUCCAUGACUGCUCUUCGCAACAAGGCCAACAAUGUCAAGACCGCCGCCGCCAAGUUGUCCGUUCCCGAUGGGGAAGGCGACUCGGGUCGCGCUUACGUCACCAAGGGUCGUAAACUGCUCAAUGCCGAUAGUGACUGGCUUGUCAACAAGGUAGACGACCUGCAAGAUCUCAUUGAGGACCUCCGCAAGGACGUUGUCCACCGCGGCGUCCGCCCACGCCCCAACCAGCUCGAGUCCGUCACCAAGGACAUCACCACGCUCACCAAGGAGCUCAAGAAGAUGGAAGAGUUUAUGAAGAAGGAGAAACCCAUCUGGACCAAGAUCUGGGAAAAGGAGCUCGAAGAGGUCUGCCAAGGUCGCGACGAGUUGCGCCUCAUGGAAGAUCUGAUGAUCGACUUGCGCGACGACUUGGAGAAGGCCAGCGAAACCUUUGCGCUUGUCGAGCAGGCAACCAAGGAGCAGAUGAAAGAGGGCGGACAGGGCAAUACGGUUAACGGCUCAGUGUCCAACGGCCCCACGCCCUUUGGCGCCUUUAGUCGCGGGCUGAAGAGCAUCUCGGAGAAGGUGACGCAUGCGGAUCCUAGCGAGGCCAAGGAGGGCGUUCUGGGCGAGGUGCGCGCCUUGCAGCCGAAUCAUCAGAGCCGAUUGGAGGCAAUUGAGAGGGCGGAGAAGCUGAGGCAGAAGGAGUUGCAGACCAGGAUGGUCAACCCGCUUACGAAGGAGCUGGCCUCUUUUGUGGAGGAGGGGAAGCUGAAGAAGAGUGGUGGUGUCGAGGAGGUGGAGAGGGCGCGGAAGGCCAAGGAUGAUCAGAUCAGACGGGAGGUGUGGGAGCGCAUGAAUGGCCUUAUUGCGGAGAAUGAUGAUGGUGAGGACGAGGAGGAUGACGAAGAAGAGGAGGAGGAAGAGGAGGAAGAGGAGGGAGAGGAGGAGGAGGAGGAGGAGGAAGGAGAGGACCAGGAAGAAGGAGAAGAGGGCGAGGAAAAAGCGAGUGGCUCUGCUAGGGAGUCUGUCGAUGGAGAGGAGGAUAAGGAGGAGGCGAAGGAGAAGAACAAGGAGAACGUCAAGGUUGAAGAGAAGUUAGAUGCGGAUGAGGGCGAGAAGGAAAGCAAGGUGAAGGCCGAAGCCGCGAAAGAGCCUGGUGCAACUGCUUGAGGAGAACCAGUUUACCGGGGUCUGAGUACGUGGUGAUGUCCGCGCGUACACAAGUGGUGGGUGAAGUAAGGGCUGUUGGAAAUAACAAUACAUCAGUACAUAUCAUUUCCUGUCCACGGGCUCGAUGAAGGUUUGAGUAGUCUACAAGAGAAGAGAGAGAGAGAGCGUCAGGAGGCAUGGAAAUCUUAUACCCCCCCCUUUUUUGGUCUAAACAAUCAUGUUUGACUUUUGUUGUAGUAACCAAUUGAAUAGUUUAGGUACCCAAGUCCGAUGUAUUCUGGUGUCAUCAUUUCUGAACUGGUGAUUAUAUUUCACCGGAUAAUACAAACCUCAUAUUCGC